AUGACCGGCGGACUGAACCGAAUAGAAGGCUCCUUGAAACUGGGAGACUAUGGAUGCAACUAUCACAUCGAUAACUCAACUGUUCCCGGCUUUCGCAGACGGGAGGACUGGUCAAGUAGUUCAAGUCAGAUCGAAGUUCAGUGUGAACUGAGCACAGGUGUCAAAUGCCGAAAAGUUGCCACCCCCGCAAGUGCUAAUCGGCCUCAAAGCAAUGAUGAGGUGUCUGUUACACAUUUUGAUGGGGUAAGGUGUAUAGUUAGCUUGUGCACCAGUGAUAGAAGGAUAAACGAUACCAGAGAUGUGAUGGCAAAGAUCGAAGACACCAGCUACAAGUCCAUGACGUUAGGAAACGCCCGUGUCAUCCCUGCACCGAAGAACAAGAACGACUUUGAAAGCGACGAUGUAAGAAAUUGUGUGCUCCUUCGGUGGAGGACGAUCGAUGAUCGAAGUAUUGCCGGUGCCGGAUGCACCCAUCACAGAAUUGCGCCGAGAUAUCAAACCGAGAUAAUUGACCUGCGGGAGAGGAGCACUCCUGUGUCUCUCGCAGAAUCCGGUGCACAGAAAGGACGAGUGGACAUGAUGUUGGCAAUGGAGCAGAGACUGGGAGAUCUGGGAUGUGCGGUGACUGUAACUCCAUGUUCGGCGCCUCGACGAUACUGCUACCCCCUUGAUCCAUCGUUCAUCCGUGCCGCUCGUCAUGAUGAUCUUGGUCAAUUAGGAUCUAAUCUCGUCAUCCACUCGGUGAAAUUCACAUUCUAUGAUCGCACCAAAAUUUUCAAAGUCUACCGCAGGAACAUCCCUGUCCGUCAAACUUGA